AUGGUUCAUAAUACGAUCCACUGGUUCAGGAAGGGCUUGCGGCUCCACGACAACCCGUCGCUCAAGGAAUCUCUGCUGGGUGCGGAUACUGUCCGCUGCGUCUACAUCCUCGACCCCUGGUUCGCGGGGUCUUCCAACGUUGGGAUCAACAGGUGGAGGUUCUUACUCCAGAGUCUCGAGGAUUUGGACUCCAGCCUCCGUAAGCUCAACUCCCGAUUGUUUGUGAUUCGAGGCCAACCCACCGAUGUCUUUCCCAGACUUUUCAAGGAGUGGAAGAUUUCUCGUCUGUCUUACGAGUACGACUCUGAGCCUUUUGGGAAAGAACGAGAUGCAGCUAUUAAGAAACUGGCCUGUGAGGCCGGAGUGGAGGUGACAGUUCGCAUCUCCCACACGCUCUAUGACCUGGACAAGAUCAUAGAGCUAAAUGGGGGUCAGUCUCCUCUCACCUACAAGAGGUUCCAGACCCUCAUCAGUCGUAUGGACGCGGUGGAGGUGCCUGCUGAGUCCAUCACGGGCGACAUCAUGGGGAAAUGCAGGACGCCGCUGUCCGAAGACCAUGAUGACAAGUUUGGGGUUCCUUCCUUGGAGGAGCUGGGUUUUGAUACUGAAGGUCUGUCUUCAGCGGUGUGGCCGGGAGGAGAGACUGAAGCCCUCACGCGACUUGAGAGGCAUUUGGAGAGGAAGGCGUGGGUGGCCAACUUUGAGCGUCCCAGAAUGAACGCCAACUCGCUGCUCGCCAGCCCGACGGGCCUCAGCCCGUACCUGCGCUUCGGCUGCCUCUCCUGUCGCCUCUUCUACUUCAAACUCACUGACCUCUACAGGAAGGUGAAGAAGAACAGCUCCCCUCCUCUCUCGCUCUACGGUCAGCUGCUGUGGCGCGAGUUCUUCUACACGGCAGCCACCAACAACCCCUGCUUCGACAAGAUGGAGAGCAACCCCAUCUGCGUUCAGAUCCCGUGGGACCGCAACCCCGAGGCACUGGCUAAAUGGGCGGAGGGCCGGACCGGCUUCCCCUGGAUCGACGCCAUCAUGACGCAGCUGAGGCAGGAGGGCUGGAUCCACCACCUGGCUCGACACGCCGUCGCCUGCUUCCUGACCAGAGGAGACCUGUGGAUCGGCUGGGAGGAGGGCAUGAAGGUGUUUGAGGAGCUGCUGCUGGAUGCAGACUGGAGUGUGAACGCAGGCAGCUGGAUGUGGCUCUCCUGCAGCUCUUUCUUCCAGCAGUUCUUCCACUGCUACUGCCCCGUGGGCUUCGGCCGACGCACAGACCCCAACGGAGAUUACAUACGGCGCUACCUGCCCAUUCUGAGAGGAUUUCCCGCCAAAUAUAUUUAUGAUCCCUGGAACGCUCCAGAGAGCGUGCAGAAGGCAGCUAAAUGUAUCAUUGGAGUGCAUUACCCCAAACCCAUGGUGCACCACGCGGAGGCCAGUCGUCUCAACAUCGAGCGGAUGAAACAGAUCUACCAGCAGCUCUCCUGUUACAGAGGCCUCGGCCUUCUGGCUACAGUUCCAUCCACCGCUAACAGUAACGGAAACGGGAACAGUAACGGCGAGACGUCCUCAGACGGGAUGGGAUUCCCCGUUGAGGCUGCACACAGUUCUGCAGCUCCAUCUGGCUAUCAGAUGCCGGUUCACUCCCAGGGAGACUGGCAGAGCGGUGUCAUGAUGUACCUGCAGGGGGACCCACAAACCAGCACACAGCAGCAGGCGUACGCCAGCACCAGCACUGGUAUGAUGUGUUAUACCCAAGGCUCACAGCAGAUUCCUGCAAUCCAGACAGGUCCUGAACACCAUUGCGUCGCUCAGACCAGUGGCAAACGGCACAGCGAGGACCCUGGGAACGGCAAAGGCUCCAAGAUCCAGAGACAGAGUACCCACUAAAACAGGAGUGUCUGCAGACGCACCGUGUACACAGCCAACACAAAAGGGACGUUAAAGCUUACAUUUUUGUUACAGCACUACACUGUUGCAUGGACACGACUUCAAGAGGAGCUUCAUUAAACACAUACAAAGAAAUGAGACUGUACAUUAUCAUGUGGACUGCACCACCCGGCCAGUGCUGACGUCACUGGAGCGGCUGUUUCACUGUGCUCAUCUUUGGGUUAAUAUAACCGGGACAAAAGCGUCUUUGUGUAUAUAAAGAAUUUGCUAAUCUCACAUACAACUUGUACAUAUUUGAAUAUUGUAUGUGUGUUUUCUCUCUUUGUGUAGCCAUAGACCCAUUGAUAUAUUUUUGAUAUAAGA